ACAGAGAUUGACGUUCGAUGGUAAAUUAUAUAGUGUAUGAAUGUGUGUGCGUGUGUAUAAAGAAAGAAGAGAAGAAAGAGGGGGGAUUGAAAAGAAAGUUUGAUUGAAAUAUAUAAAAGAAAAUAAAGUAAAAGAAAAUCUUUCUUCUUAUUCUUCUUCUUCUUCUUCUUCUUUUGUUGUUGUUGUUAUUUUUUGAAUGACUAGAUGACUAGAUUCACAGAAACACAAACACAAAUACGCAAAAACAAAGGAAGUUGUGUAUUAAGUGUAUAUGUGUGUGCUUGCGCUUGUGUCUGUGUGUAUUUUGGAUAUGUUGGACAGGUAAAGCCAGACAAUAUAAUAAUUAAGAAAAUAAAUCAAAGGUGUGUUGCUAGCUGGUACGCUAUUAUUGUUAUUGUUGGUGUUAUUAUUGCUAUUAUUAUUGCUAUUAUUUUCUUGGUUUGUAGAGUGAGGGUGUUGUACGAUGAUGAGACUGGGUUGAUCUACAGAUGGAUUCCAAUUGGCAGAUUGAAAUGAAGAAGAUGCUCAG